UAUGCAGGAUAAUGGAACUGACCGUCUUAAAUAAAUAAACCGGCAGCGUUCGCUGACGUAGAUUUUGGAGACAUUGUGGGGAAGGGAAAUGCGAGAAGUGAACAGUUUGUGCAGGUUUUAAACUAGCGUUUUAAGCUUCACUAUUGUUUAGGCAUAAGCAAACAGGACACUUGAUAUAAGGCUUUUCGAGUAGCUGUAACGUUAUACGGGCCAAGUUAGAUAUAGGCACAUUACUCAUAUAACAAAGCGUUUGACCAGAUUGCGCGCUAGCAAAGCUAAUAUUUCUUUAUACUUUAAAGAGGCACACAAAGGAAAUACGGUCGAUUGAGUUGAACAUACUGACGUUAACUGGAGUUGUUUAAACGCGUGACUGAGAUAAAAACGCACCUCCAAAUAUUUAGCAACACAGACAAUACUCAGGCGCUUGUUUAACUUGGGUUAGUUAAGCGUUUUGCUAAAGCAGGAACCUCUCAGUUUGAUCUCGAGCUUAUAUUUGUAGGUUUAUUCAUACUGUUUAUUUAAUUUCGACGUUUGGCCCAUCGUAUUACUAACUCGUUGAGCGUUUACCAUCGACAUUAGUACGGUGUUAAUGUUAUGCGAAGAAUGAAACUGCCACAAUGACGCCAAUCGUUGAAAGAGAGAUGCCUAGAGACCCAUAUCCCGAUGUUAAAAGAAGGUAGCUAACUGCGCGCAAGCUAACGUUUAGCGAAGUAUUACUUUGCAAAGCUAUUGAGCAAAUUUGGUCACACGGCCAGUGUUGGCUGCCUUGAAGGAGGCAGUUAUCGUUCACCUCCUUUCUUUCAGUGUCACACGCGUUUAAUAGUAUUUGACUUGAGUCGAGUCGACUAAGUAGCUGGCCCUCGUGUCUAUAGACGACAACGUGAAACCUACAUUGUUUGGAGUAGGGAUAGUUAGCAUUUGGCUAACAGGCUAAUUAGGUAGCCGAGCUAAAGCUAAGAUUGUAGCUACCCGUUACAAAGUAACGAUAAUUGCUGCUGAGGUUAAGUGACAGGAAGCGGGACGAACAGUGGUUGUUUUCUUCUAGAAUGACAAUGGCAACUCCCACAAAUGAUGCUUUGUUCUUGAUAAAAGAUGUGAAGCCUGGGUCGAAAAACCUGAAUAUCGUAUUCAUCGUUUUGGAAAUAGGACGAGUAACCAAAACGAAAGAUGGUCAUGAGGUGCGCUCAUGCAAGGUGGCAGACAAGAGUGGGAGCAUUGCUAUCUCUGUUUGGGAUGAACUCGGCAGCCUUAUUCAGCCAGGGGACAUCAUCAAGCUGACCAGAGGCUACGCGUCCAUAUGGAAAGGCUGCCUAACCCUAUACACUGGAAGAGGAGGGGAUUUGCAGAAGAUUGGAGAGUUCUGUAUGGUGUAUUCAGAAGUGCCCAAUUUUAGUGAACCAAACCCUGAGCUGCUAACUCAGGCAAACCAACAAAACAAGUCUGGCAAACCAGACCAGAACCAGAGGGGAAACUCUCCGCCCAAUCAAAAUUCAGGUACCCCUGCCCCACCAGGUAAUGGUGCCAUGCCGCCAUUUGCCAACAACCCACCACCUGGUGCACCCCGUGACUCUACAUUUGGAAAUGCUGGGCGACCGAAUGGUCGGUCACCGGGCAAUGGAGCAGCUCCUGUUACUCUCUCUGGAUCCUCAACAGCUGCAAAGUCCUCGGUUACCAUUAGCAAUGGCAGGGACCCGCGCCGUGCUAAAAGAUGAAAUCCAUUUUGUGGGGAAAAUUAUGGGCUUUUACAUUUCCCUCAUCCCCUUUUUCGCCUUUCUGAGCCUUCUUGAUCACAGCCUAGUUUGGCUUUCAAAAUAAUGAAUUAAAUUAGACUAUUUGCAUAAUUUUUAUUGAGGCUUACAAAGUCAAAUGUGUUUGUCAUGCAUAGGGCUCUCAGUAGGCAGCACAGUGCGAGUGUGAUCUGCCACCUGAUGCACUGGCAGGACUACUUACAUAGUUGAGCCUGGUUGAGUUGUGGUCAGCCUUCUGUGUCUUAACACCGGUGUCCCCUAAAUCUUGGUCAAUUGCCUGUUUUGUGCCAGUGUUACUUCCCCCACACACACCAUCCCACCCCCAACCCUGUUAUGUCUUUUUGAACUACACCCUACUUGAACACUUGAAGCACUUUCUUCUCUUAAUUUAUGUUAGGCCGAAGUUGGCUGUCAUUUAAAUCAGGAGAUCAGUUUCUGCUUUUUAGUGGAAGAGGCCUUAAGUUGAUUAAAAACGAGUUCUUGGACUGAGUGCGUGCACACACACAUACACAAAAUCCUUCAAAGGGUCUUCCUCUCCUAAACUUUAUCCCAAGUGAGUGUGUGUGAAAGGAAAGGUGUUACGUUAGAGUUUUUAAUGAUAGAUUGUUAAACCUUUGUUUUGUAAGACGCUUGUUUGCCAUCAGUUGUUCUAUCAGUGAGGCGGGACCACAAAUACUAGGAAAAUGGUUCACCGAAUACAUUUUAGUCAUUUUGCUGCCACAUCAUUUUCUGUAGUUUGAGAGCUAAGUUAAUAAAAAGUAUAUCAUGCUGCACAGCUGGUUUAAUAUUGCCUUGGAUAGUGGUUUGGCUCGCAUUGGUUUUGACUGAUUGUUACCUUUUCCUUGGAUUCAUACAGUUUGCCACAAGGACCAACAGCACCAUAAGCAAACCCUUGUGUGAGGGUUUGACAAUAGUUUAAACUGGCAUUACCACCUUUAGUGCUCUGUCCUAUCACUAGUAAAUAUAACAUAUCAAGUCUGAAGUAAUGAUUUGCUUCUGCAGUACCAUCUAGUUCCACUGUGAGAAGUGGGAUGGUUGUACCUUUUGACUGGGUUUUUUUAAUGUAGUAAAUCACAUCUUCUCAUUCACUGAUUUUUCUUUUUUUUCAGUGACUUUUUUUUUUUUUACAUUGUGUAUUGACACUGAAUACAAUGGAAAUGUGAUAAUGUCAGGUCAUCUAAUGUUAUACCCAUUGCUGCCACUGAGUGUCAGAGAGCACAUACACAGCCUGAAGCUGUGUUCUGGGGUAUUGUCCUGUUUAAAAACAUGAUUGUCACACUAAGCACAAACCAGAUGGAAGGUCUAGAACUAUUUAAGAUACUGCCAACAGUGUACA